AUGAAUUUAAUUAAAGAAGAAAUUAAGUUCGUCAAAGAUAAUAAUGGAUUAGAAGAAGAUUCUACAGAAAUUGAGUCGGCCUCCAUCGAGAAUGUAACUUGCGAAUACCAGAAUAGCAGCAUGGAAGAAGAAGAUGAUAGAGAGAAGAGCACACUCGUUGAUUAUCCGUUCUCUGUUUCUAUUCAGAAAAAAGGGGCGCAUUACGUUUCUGGAGCCCUAAUUGAUAAAGGAUUUAUUUUGAGUGUAGCUGCAGAGUUUUAUCACGUCCGGGAUUCCUUAAAAUUAUUUAGAGCGAGACUAGGAUCCGUGGACUGCAAAAGAGGUGGUUCAUUAGUCCCUAUAAAAAAAAUUGAAAUCCAUCCAUACUACAUCUAUGGAAAACCAAGUUUUGAUAUCGCUCUGUUGAGGAUGGCAGUGCCUGUAGAAUAUUCUGAGGUUUUAAGACCAAUUAUAAUUUCGAAUAUUAAAGAGAAGGUGAUAAGUGCCAAGUUUAUGACAACAUAUUGGCCGAGGAUAGUGGUAAAAGGAAAAACAAUACCAGAAACAGCAAAAGAACGAAUAAAACAUAACAGCAUGCGGGUAUCAACUCAGAAGUUGAUUCCAUUAGAUAAAUGUAAAAAUAUUAUGAUUGAUAUGAAAGAAUAUAUCAACGAAUCCAGUAUGUGUCUGAAGCCGGUAGUUACUCAUCAUAGUGUGUGCAUGCCCGAUGCCGGGGCGCCAGUAAUAGCCGAAGAUGGCCUUUGGGGCAUUACGUCCGGUUGGAUAUCGCCAACAUGUCCGACAGUUGCUGCUCCAACAAUAUUUACGCGACUCUCUUCAACAUCUGUGCGCUCCUGGUUAGACAUUCAACUACUUAAUAUUUAG